GAAGCCUUCAAGACAAGAGACAGAGAUAACUAUAGCAAAAUAGCUCAAGAGAUAGAAAGUCUUCUGAAAACUGAAGAGAAAGAAGAACCAAAAGAAGAAACAAUAAAUAAGGAUGUCUCUUCUAGUAUAGUUGAUAAAAUAGAAGACUUGCAAAAAGAAGCUAAACAAGCAACCACAAGAGAUGAGCUAGCACUAGAUAGCCUAUCAUUUAGAAAUAAUAACAAAGAGAAUAACUCUCCUCAAGAGAAUAUAUU